UCUGCUUUACAGAACAACAUAUAAACAUCAAUGGGCAGGUUAUGUAUCACACAGGCUGCUAUUCACAAUCUGUGUGCAAUUUAAGACGUAGAAGUGUCGAGGACUUCAGCAAUCAAAACAUAACAAUCGCCACAUCAAACAUAACCCGGUGUGUUGAAUGUUGCUCUUACGAUGCAUGCAACGUCAUUGGAUGUGGGUCACCUGGAUAUCCAGAUAAUCGUGGUCCUUUGUGCUUUAGCUGUAACCAGGAGUUAAAUCCACUUUUGUGUCCAUCAGUCAGAGUUUGUAACAAGGACCAGGUCUGCAAAAUAGAAGAGCGGAUUGAAUUUGACGAACGUGUUUUUACGUCUGGUUGUGUAAAUAAUCAGACUUGUCGUACAUCUGUUGUAGACGUGUUUGGUAAAAGGUCCUUAGCAGGAUGUCCGAAAUGUUGUAGUACAGACCUUUGCAAUGAUGCAUGUGGAGUGUCAUCUAAUUUUAAUUUCCAAGUAACACCUCCACCAACGUUUACCCCUGAUAUUACAGAAUCCACAAAUACGACGGGAGACUACUGGUACACAGACUGCUAUGAGGCAUAUCACAGCGGGCAUACUGUAUCUGGUGUAUACACCAUCUAUCCCUGGGGACGAUUAGGAAAAUCUUUACAGGUGCUCUGUGACAUGGAUAUACCACCCGGUGGAUGGACGGUUUUCCAAAAGAGAUUCGAUGGCUCUGUUAUUUUUGACCGGCACUGGGAUGACUAUAAGAAUGGAUUCGGAACUGUUAAAUCAGAAUACUGGUUGGGAAAUGAAGCCAUAUAUGAAUUGACAAGGUCUGAGCAAACGCGACUUCACGUUUCACUUACCCUUAAAAAUGGCACCGAAUACAAUCUUCUUUAUAACUACUUUUACAUUGGCAAUGAAACUACUAGAUUAAGACUUUAUCUGCUUGGACCUGUGUUAGGAAAUGGGGUACAAGGAUUCUUAAGACAAAGUGGAGAGAUUUUCGCAACACCAGACACUAGCUCCUUGGCUAAGACCAAUAAUGGCGGAUGGUGGUUUAGUCCACCCUAUUAUCAUAAUAUGCUUUAUUUUAAUGGAGAUUAUGGCAUGCCUACUUGGAUUUAUCCCUGGUAUGGAUUAGCAGAUACCGGAGAAACAGUUUUAAAAACUAAGAUGAUGUUAAACAGACGACAUUAAAUAAAACAUUAUAGUGGCUAAAAAAUCUACGCUUUUAUU